AUGGAUAACGCAACAAAAAACAAGCAUCCCAGCAAUGCCAUGCGAAGCAUACAAAAGACAAAGCUCCCAUUAGCACCCACGCUAGGCCACCAUCUAGCACACCGACUGGUUGAAGUUGGUGUCUCAGAGGUAUUUUCAGUUCCCGGGGACUCCAAUAUGACCCUUCUGGAUUACUUCAUCGACGAGGGAGGGCUGAAGCUAGUGGGAUGUUGCAGUGAGCUGAAUGCAGGGUAUGCAGCUGAUGGGUACGCAAGGGCAAGGGGUGUGAGUGCUUGUGCUGUUACCUUCACAGUUGGUGGCCUCAGCAUUUUAAAUGCUAUAGCUGGUGCUUACAGUCAAGAUUUGGCUGUAAUUUGUAUCGUUGGAGGUCCUAACUCCAAUGAUUACGGUUCUAACACAAUUCUUCAUCACGCCAUUGGGUUGCCGGAUUUCUCCCAAGAGCUUCAGUGCUUCCGCCCAGUGACCUGCCAUCAGGCCAUUAUUAAUGAUUUGGAGCACGCCCAAGAACAGAUUGAUAGAGCAAUUACAGCAUGUUUAGAAGAAAGCAAGCCUGUUUAUAUCAGCAUUUGCUGCAAUUUGGUUGCCAUCCCUCAUCCUACUUUGGUUCAGGAUCCUAUUCCACUCGUCUUCUCUUCCAAGAUGAGUAACCAUAUGGGCCCGGAAGUAGCAGUGGAGGCAGCUGCAGAAUUCCUGAAUAAGGCAGUGAAGCCUGUUCUGGUGGCUGGACCAAGGCUCCGAGUUGCAAAAGCCUGCAAUGCCUUUGUAGAGUUAGCAGAUUCUAGUGGCUAUGCAAUUGCAGUCAUGCCAGCUGCAAAAGGCCUUGUUCCAGAGAACUUCCCUCACUUCACUGGGACUUAUUGGGGCGCAGCAAGCACUCUGUACACUGCUGAGAUUGUGGAAACUGCAGAUGCUUCACUCUUUGCAGGACCCAUUUUCGAUGAUUUGAGCUCUCUUGGCCAUUCAUUGCUCUUCAAUAAGAAGAAGGCUAUUAUUGCAGAACCUGAACGAGUAAUAAUUCCCAACAUGCCGGUGUUUUGGCGAGUAUCAUUGAAGAAAUUCCUUGAAAAACUAGCGAAAAGGCUCGAAUAUAACACUAGUGCAUACGAGAAUUACAAGAGGAUUUGUGUUCCAGAGGCACUUCCCCUUCAAUCUGUUCCCAAUAAGGACUUGAAGGUUAAUGUUCUGUUCAAGCACAUACAAAAAAUGUUGUCGGGUGACAUGUUUCUGUUGGCUGAGGCAGGCGAUUCAUGGUUCCAUUGCCAGAAACUGAAACUGCCACAGGGUUGUGGGUAUGAGAGUCAGCUGCUAUAUGCAUUGAUUGGUUGGUCAAUAGGUGCAACACUUGGGCUUGCGCAGGCUGAACCGGACAAGCGAGUUAUAGCUUGUAUAGGAGAUGGAAGCUUCCAGAUGGCCCCACAAGAAGUGUCCACAAUGCUUAGAUUAGGACAUAACAGCAUCAUAUUCUUGAUAAACAAUGGUGGAUACACAACAGAAGUUGAGAUUCAUGAUGGUCCGUACAACGUAAUCAAGAACUGGAGCUACGGUGGGUUGGUCAAUACAAUAAAUAAUGAGCAAGGGACUUGUUGGACUACCAAGGUUGGUAGUGAGGAGGAAGUAAUUGCUGCGAUUGAGACAGCUAUGGGUGAUAAGAAGAAUUGCUUGUGCUUCAUAGAGGUGAUAGUUCACAGGGACGAUACCAGCAAGGAGCUACUUCAGUUCGGAUGCAGGCUUGCUGCUAGCAAUGGUCGACCUCCCAAAUCUCAUUAA